CCCUUCUUUUAAACAUCGGGAACGGAUCCAAUAAUGAAAGAGAGCUCAGGUCUUUUUUCUUUUUUUUUAAAUUGUGCUGUUUCCUAAUUGGCCGACAGGAACAAAACCGCGACCCAAUCAGCUUGCAAGACCAAUGGGCUGACCUCAUUAGUUUGCAUUGUUAUUAUUUCUUUCCUCCCUGCGCCCCCCCCCUUAUUUUUCCAGCUUGAAGGGGAGGGGGGGAAAAUCAAAACAAAACAGCUGGCUUGGGGGAAAACUCCGUUAGCAUCGUAGACGUCGCCAAGGUUGCCAGCGUCUCCGUAGAUGGCCAGGUCUGCACAGCUAAUGGAGUUGGGGAUUAUUAUGACUAAUAAUGGAUGGCCUCGAUUUGAAAGCCGCCUCCCAAGAAAGAAAAACGAAACGAAGCGCAGGCCCUCCCAGCCACGUGCGUUAUCCUACUUUAAAGUCCUCCAGGGGAAGGACUUCGCCCUGAAUGAAUGCACAAUUUAGAUCAAGCUGGACAGGCGCCCGAAGACGACUGUGUGUCAAGGGCGGGUAGUAGCAGAAGCCCAAGGCGAGCUUUGCGCAGACCCGAACCCAACCCGGGAGCGCAGCAGCCGACGCGAAGCUGGAGCCCGGCGGCGCUGCUACCGCCGCCCCGCCUUUCCUCUCCUUUCUUCCACCGGGGAGGAGUUUUCCGUAAGCAGCGGGCGUGGGCAUUUAAAAGGAAGGGCGGCGACAAGCCGCACAAAAGAUUGCUAUAGGCUUAAGGCGAGGUUGCAGCGGAGGCAACGGGAGGGAAAAGGGCGGCGGUGGAAGGAGGGGAGGGAGGGAGGCAAGCAAGCAAGCAGGCGCGUCGGCUAAGGCGCACGGCCGCCCGCCCUUCCCAGCCAUGCAGCAGCCAAGCCAUCCCGGCCGGGCGGUGGAAGCCACCGCAGAGGCGGGCGCCGCUUAGCAGGCAUCCCUCCCCCACUUUUUUUUUUUUUAAAAAAAAGUUGGGAAGUCAGGAGGCGCCCCCCCCCAAAACCCCCCAGCUCCUCCCCGCAGAUAGGAAGUGUUGCUUUCCGGCCUCGGAGUCCUCCACCCUUCUGGAAGUCGGGGGAAGAAAAGCUAGCCAUGGCCGGAGGAGGGGGCCGAAGCCGGCGAGGAUCCCGUCCCCCGGGACUCUCCGAGCAACCCUCCACCUGACCGGGGGACGCGAGGCCGAACUUCUCCGCCCGCCGAGCGGAUGCGCCAACGCCUUGAAGGCCGCCGGAGAUGCGUCUUCCCGGAAACGGGGGAGCCAAGUGGGUGGCGUGAUCGGGGCAAAAGAGGAGAGAAACGGCCCAGAGGAUUCCGGGCCGGCGAAGGAAGGAAAGAAGGAAGGGGGCCGCCGAGCAAGAGACGCUGCCUCGCCCGCCCCGCCGGUCCUUCCCCCGGACGCCCGUGUCCUCCUUUGCUCCGGAGGUCUGCGUCGCAGCGGCGGCUGGAUUUUUUCCUGGCCUCUCUCCGAAAGAAAAGUCAGCCAGAGCCGCGAAGAUGCCCUCAAAGAACCGAGGGUUUGAGGGUCCCAUGAGCCAGUGGCGACCACCGCAGCGUUUUUCAUCCCCAGGCUGGGUGUUGUGACCUGUGUCUGGAGUGGCAGCCCUUUCUGGAGAAGGUGGAGGGACACUGGCCGCUGCUGCCCUGCUUGCUUCCGACUUGGUGGUGGGUCCGCCAGCCCCUUUCUCUCCCUCUGGUGCUCCGAGACUCUGGUUUAUUUUGUGCAGAUUAAUGGAAUGAUGGUGCGGAAAGGGCAGAGCGAUCCUGCCGGGCUCAGCGGGGACUCCUCGGGAGGCAGCUGGAAGCGGAGUGGUGGCAGUAGUGGGGUCCCCAGAGGCAUGCGUGUGCCCCUCCGGCACCAUGGCUAGCGGCAGCUCUGGCAAGUCCACUACUGAGACAUCCACCCCCAGCGGCAGCUCUUUGCCAAGGAAGAAGCUCGUGGCCACCUGUGACCUCUGCAAGAUCAAGAUGCAGCUGGUAGCGGAUCUGCUCCUGCUCUCCAGUGACAGCCGGCCCGUCCAUACAGAGAGCUUGUCUGUCUUCGGAGAAUCCUUUGAAAAGUGCAGGGACACCAUCAUCGCCAGGACCAAAGGCCUCUCCAUUUUGACCCAUGACGUCCAGAGCCAACUCAAUAUGGGCCGUUUCACCGAAGUGGGGGACAUCCUGGGGGAGAUGGGGGAUUUGGUGGUCUCUUUGACAGAGUGCUCGGCCCACGCUGCUUACCUGGCGGCGGUGGAGAUGCCAGGGGCUCAGCCGGCUUCACCCGGCUUGGUGGAUCGCUACAAGGUGACCCGAUGUAAGCACGAGGUGGAGCAUGGGUGUGGGAUCUUGAAGGCCACCCCUCUCGCUGACCUAAGCCCUCAGCUCCUUUUGGAGGUCUCCCAGAACAUGUCCAAGAACUUGAAGUUCCUGACCGACGCCUGCGUCCUGGCCAGCGAGAAGUCCAAGGAUAGAUUUGCCAAGGAGCAGUUCAAACUUAGCGUCAAAUGCAUGAGCACCAGCGCCUCUGCUCUCCUGGCCUGCGUCCGGGAGGUCAAGACGUCCCCCAGCGAGCUGACACGCAACCGGCUGUGGUAUGGAAAAGCUUUUGAAGUCCAUUUUCCGUGCACUCUGAUGUGGCGUGUUCAGCAAGAGAGCAAGUCCAUCUGUUGUUUUAAGUCUAGAACUGCUGUCUUCUCUCCCUUAAAACCCAGCUUGGAUGCCUUCACUUCUAGUCCUCUCCAGAUGAUCAAUGUUCGGACAAGUAAAAGUGGCCGGGUAUACAGUCCUGGUGUGCUUCUUGGAAACUGGUUUGAAGACGUGUGCCUAGAAGAGGAAUCGUUGAAAGAUUUUUUAUAUAAAAGAGAAAAUGGAGAACUAAUAAUCCAGAAAUCCCGAAGACUGAAAGAUGCUCUUUACAAGAAGGAGCAGCUUUCCAUUUCAAAAGAUGGAUUUAUUCAUUUUGGAGACACAGUUCUAUUCAUGAACCUAGAUGUCACUAGACUUCCGGAGGAAAAAGCUUUUAUUAUGGGUGGAAAUUUGUCCCUGGCUGUGAAUCCGGAUAUAUCGACUCUGUAUACGGGCGAUAAUUUGUCAGCUCCAUGUGACUUGAGUGCAAUCAGUCAUGUGAACCCCGUGGGGCGGAAUGCAUUUCGGAUUUUAAGCCUUGAAGGAGAAGCCAUGGGGGAACCUGUUAGAUUUGGACAGAAUUUUGGCCUUGGAACAGCUGGUGGAUUUCAGGAUAAAAUGCUGUUUUUGGCCAGCGACUCUAGAUCAUUUCAUAAUAUGGCCAAGAAAUCUUCUCUCCAGCCUGUCUUCAUGACGGAUGAACUUUCAUACCUGUGUGCCUGGCAAGUUACCUUUCUGGAUCCACAGUUACGCCUGGAAUAUGAAGGUUUGCCCAUCCCUGCUAAUACAAAAGUUGUCAUUGUCCAUAGCCACACAAAUCAGGCCCUCGCAGUUCCUAGGACCUUCUGGAUAAGGACGUACUUUGGAAAAGAGUGCGAAGUCAACUGCCACACCUACCUAGAUUCCCAUAAAGCUGAAGAGAGCAAGAACCACUGGGUAAUAGUCACGGGGAAUCCUAGCGACGAGUCGACAACAAUGUUGGACAGACCAAAGCCUCCCUCGGAGGAGACGAGAGCACAAAACGGAGAACUUGGUGCAAAUUCCUCAGAAUGAAAAGUUAAAGUCCCUGCCUUGUGAGCGCUUUCACGAAAGAAAAAUAGGACCGGGGGGGCGGGGCGGAGGGAAAAAGCAUGAUGUUGAUGAUGAUGAAGAAGAGGAAGAGGAGGAGAACAAAGAAGAAAUUCAAGGUACAUCGAAACAUCUUUUAGGUGGCAGUGUAAACUGAACAAUUUUCAAAAUUAACGAUUGAAUCUUGAAUAAAAUGUUGAUUAAAAACAA